CUCCUUUUCUCUUGAGAAAGAAAGAUUUCUUUAGAAGGAUGUACAUAUUGAUGUAUUGUGUUUGCUGAAAGGUCAUGACAUUUUAUAAAGCUCGGAAUUCUUAGAAGAACAGUUGGAUAUAACGAUUACGGGAUACUGGAAGAAAAACGCCAAUAUUGCAUAAUUUGAGGAGUCUUUUUAUGAGUGCUUUAGCUAAAUCAAUGUGAAGAAUGCAGCAAAAGACGAGAGUCAUGUCUAGACAAGGUCCACUACCAUUGUCUAGAGUCAUGUCUAGACAAGUUCCACUACCAUUGUCUAGAGUCAUGUCUAGACAAGUUCCACUACCAUUGUCUAGAGUCAUGUCUAGACAAGUUCCACUACCAUUGUCCAAGUGGGAUCUGCGAUUCGAAACUGGACUUCUAUUGCGGCUAUUUGCUUUACUAUGCUCAGUAAUCACGGUAACCACCUUGAAUAGCCAAGAAAAUGAAUUUCAAGGAUGCGACCAUUGGUUAACAGCCCCCAGUGGGGUGAUCUCCACACCGAAUUUUCCGAAACCUUAUCCUAUCCCUAUCAAGUGUCAGUGGGUUAUUGAAGCCCCACAAGGCAAGGGUAUUGCCAUAUAUUUCACACAGUUCUAUAUGAGAGAAGGCGUGCGCAUCUCGGAGUAUGACUAUUACGAUAACUCGAUUACGCUCUCCAAAAUGGACUCGGGCAUCGUCAGUUCGGACGCAGAACCAACUCUGUAUAUUGGCCUCAAAAGCUUCCUGGUACUGGACUUUAACGUCGAGGAGCGAGACAAUGUCCACAUGCGUGUCAUGGACUUCUUUCUUGAUGUUUAUGGAUUUAAUAUUACGUAUGAAAUAAUCGACAAGCAAGAGAAACGACGAAAAGAUCGCUGCAUUCAAAAUCAUUGCUCCUUCAACGGGGUGUGUCACGCGUCAAUCAACUACAGAAAAUACACCUGCAAGUGUUUUGAGCCUUACUACGGUGACGAGUGUGAGUAUUCACCGAUGUGUGGGCCCAGUUCUAAUGACUCAAUGUGCUCUAAUGGGGGAAACUGUAGGCAUUACAUCGGCUCAAGAGCUCGUAAGUGUGAAUGUCCCAAAGGUUACUUUGGGGUCCUUUGUGAAAGAAAAAAACAUUCGGCAGAUAAUAACAAUAAAGGCCUAAAAUUACGUGAAUGUCAAGAAAUUGGAUGUUCUUAUUCGUGCAAGAAGACUCCCAGCGGCACUUACGUCUGCACUUGUCCUCCAGAACAUCGUUUGGAAUAUGAUUUUAAAUCCUGUGUCAAAAAAGAAAAGAUCAGAUACGUUAUUAGCUUCAAGUUACUAUCGUUAGAAAGUGAUAUAUCCAGCCCUAAUCUUGAGCUACUAAGUGCAGUCAAAGCAGGUGAAGUAAAAUUACGUUUACAAAAUGCGCUUUUAUCCUUACUUCAGUCAAAUCUUUCCAAGGUUGAGAAUUUAACAGUUUUAGAAUUCAAACAUGGACCUGUAGUUCAGUUUCACUUCUUUGGUGAGAAAGAUGAGAGUCAGAAAGUGAAAACACUUAUGGAUAAAACUGUCAGAAAUGGCCAGAUAAAUAGAUAUAAACUUGAGAAAAAUUAUUUUCGUUUUGAAAUGGAACCUUCACUCAAUAUCCAAAUUCUGAAGACUUCGGAGAAGUUACCGAUCACUGUAGGUAGCCAGUUGACACUCGAAUGUAUAAUUACUGGGUCAAGCAGGAUGAAAGUAACUUGGUUUAAGGAUGGCUUUCCUGUAAACAAAAACACUUCUCACCAGAGAAUGUGGACAGUGGUGGUACCAAAAAAUUCACAAGACCAGUUUACACAUUUACUAGGUUUUGACAGAAUUGAUGCACUGGACACAGGAGUGUUUACUUGUGAAGUUAUGGACUGGGGCAUGAUCAAAAGGAAAAGUAUACAGAUAUAUGUUAAAGCACCACCACAACCCAAACUUACACCUUUAACUGCAACUGUACAGGAAGGAGAUAGGAUGGAAUUACACUGCCUUUUGCAGGAAGAUGCAUCUGAGAAGUUUGGCUACACCUGGCUAAAGAAUGGUGAGAUUUUAAAUCCAUCGAAAGAACCAGAGUUUGUAGAAGAUCUGUUUCGAACAGGUAGUCGCAUGGUUAUUGAAUCGAUGAAGUAUUCUGCUACAUAUACGUGUAUAGUAACAAGCACAGCAGGAAGAACAAGUAAGGACAGUGUUAUUACUGUCUUGAAACCAAAUCAAUACAUUCCAGUCUGCCCAGAAGAACAGUUGAAUGGUUUAAUAUGGAACCUAACAGUUUCAAAUUCACAGUUUAUACAUCAUUGUCCAAAAGGUUUCAAAGGAAUUGCAACUCGAUAUUGUACCUCAAGGCAAAACACAGCAGAAUGGGAAGACCCUGAUUUUUCUGGUUGUUUAUCAAGUCUGUUUAUUGAGAUGAAAAAUAAGUUUAGAACUUUAGAAAUAGGUUAUGUCCAGAACAACCUUUCAUCUAUUCUAACUGAAUUAAAACAGUACUUACUAAGCAGAGCUGGAAGUAUGUAUUCAGGAGAAGGUGAGCCUGUGAUUGAUCUUCUCUCCGAUAUUCAUGUAUUUCUCCAAAAACAGUUGAAUUACGAUUCUCAUGGUGAAGAUAGCCUAGAGCUGAUUUUGGAUGCAGCUUCUAUUAUCUUGAGUCAUCCACAUCUGAUCAGGAAACAAUCAAAGCUUACAAAAAUUCAUCAGCUUAUAUUAGACCUUGGGUUGAUGAGAGGAUCGAUUAUUCCUGCUGGAGAGACUCACAUUUUUCAUAGGGAUACUUUAGUUCUUGAAGUGAAACGAGUAACUGGAGGCGGUGUACAUGUAAUUUCUUUCCUCGGCAUCCCAGUGAUGGAGUCUAAUUUGAAGAAACAGAACACUAGGAAGUCUAAGUGGCUAAAAGACAAGUUGAACCUGACCUUUGACACACAGUAUCUAAUACCAGGUUUUGAACAAUUGAAUGACAGUAUAACGAUAGCUGCUGUAUUCUAUAAAAACAUAUCAAUAUUUUUACCUGCACGUGUCUUGGCAAGAAAGAAGUAA